AUGACUGAUGAGCCCAAGGUUCAGGAGUUCACACUUAAGGAGGACCAUGAGCUCAGGUUUGAGGUUGGCAGUACGGAAGUUGUGCUCGAGCUCCUACAAGGAAGAGCUGAAGUUUUUGGAACCGAGCUAGAAAUGCACAAGAAAUAUGCAUUUCCUCCCAGUAAGUUCAUUCUAUUAUAUAAACACUCACGCAUUGGCUCAGUUAGGUAG